AUGGAAACUUUAGCAGAGGAACCAACCAGUGACGAGGCGAAUGAGGACGACAUGUUAUUCGAGGAGGAAGUGGUCACUGCCGAAGAAUGGAAGGACGAUAGGCCUUCAUAUAUCUCAUAUGCGGACGCAGAGAAGAUGGCAGAGGAUAAGCUCUAUUUUAUGAUCGCUGCUGUGGACAAAAAAGGAGGAAUGUCUCAAAAUUUUGUGAAAUAUCUACCGGAUCUAAAUAAAGAACUAACAAAGCUCAAUGAAACUCUUCAGAUCUAUCCUGUGAGUUUGGAAUGGAAUAUUCUGAAAGCAUAUGCUGCAGCUAUUAAUCAGGCACAUAGUGCUGCUGCGGUGCUCGCAACUACGAUUCAGAUGAUUGAAACCAAUCAAAGCCUAUCCGAUUUCAAAGAUUCAGCGUAUGCCACUGUUUUAUUCGUGGCCAGAGAAGAUCGAGAAUUGGACGCUAUCUUAACCUUAGCAAGACGAUUUUUAAAUGUCAAAUUUGGAUAUGUCAGGAAUGGGUCUGGCAUUGUAGAAGAGCAUUUGCCUACACGUGUUCAUGUGUUUCGUAAAGGAAACGAGCCAAGAUGGUUCCCAACUGAUACGUCCAUUCACGAAAUAGAGCACUUCAUCAGGAUGGAAACGCAUCAGCCCAUCUUUCGAUUCCCUAUGGAUGCCAUCAGCUUAUUGCCAACAGUUGACGAGCAAGCUUUCCUACUGUAUGUGCAUAAUUCGGAGGAACUUUUGAAAAAUGAGAAGUGGUUGGAAGAGAUUGGGAACGAGUAUCGUGGAAAACUCAUAUUGUUUUUGUGUAACCCUGAAGAUAUUCAUAUGGAGGUUCAGUCUGAAGAUUACUUGGACAUCAGGCGCGAUGGUUACCCACAUGUGCGUUUGGCCAUAAAACAUUCCUCUGCGGUUUACAGAUUAGAAGAUAGCUUCAGUGAAGAAGUCAACAAAACGACUGUGACCGCUUUUUUAACGGCUUUUGAAGAAGGAAAGCUGAAGCCGUAUGUUCAUCCGCGGUUGUAUCAGCGUAGGCAAGAAAGACGAGAUGCACCGUUGAAAACUUUGAGCACUAGUAAUUACCAAAAGGUAGUAAUGGAUGAUUCAAUGUAUGUGCUCGUACUUCUUUAUACUGCCCGCCAAUCCGACCUUAUCCCAUUAUUAGAAAGAAUAGCCGAACACUACAAGAAUUCCAUGAGUAUUCUUAUUGCAAAAAUGGAUAUAGGAAGCAAUCCUCUCCCAAUUGAAUUUCAACCAGUCGGGAAAGUCCCUUCACUCCGAUUAUAUGAGAGCUACACAAAUAUCGAAAGAUCAUACGACAAUGAUACGAUAACCGAGGAAGGAAUCAUCAAUUUCAUUGAAGAAAUUACCGGUAUUACUCCGAAUCAUGAAGAAGAGCCAAAAGAAACUGCGACAGAAUCCAAGCCGAUCAUUUCGGAUAUUGAACCGCAGAAUCACGAAGAGCUGUAG